AUGCAACUGCGGUUUCCAUUGCCUGCGGGGUACUUUGCCAAGUUUGACUUGUUGCCAGACGAGGUGCAGGAGCACAGGCUGCUCGCGAGCGACAUUAUCCGCGAGACAAAGCGCGAGUUCGACCGGUACGUUAAGAACGGCCGCAACCGCAUUGACUCGCGCGUGUGGAAGCUCGCCAAGUCCAAAGACCAGCUGCAUUGCUACCGAAGACGGGGCACGGAGGGGUCCGCGCACCAACUCGGUCUGCACAGCGGGUCCGGGACGAGUCGACACGAUGCGUACGCCGCCCACUCGUCACAUCUCUCGUUGAGCUCUCCCAGUCCUUCGGAGCACAGCGACCUGACCUUCUCGGCGCUCUCCAUGCGAUCGACGAACGACGGAGAGCCGAGUCGCAAGAGCAUUCAGCCGCUGGUGAUCGGCUACGGCGUCGUGCACGGGACUGUGGACGACCUGGUCUACGGUCUCUACCAGUCGUCGACGGACGAGAUGAAGACGUUGGCUUCGUACCUCGGAGACGACUCGCUCAUUGACUGCGCCGUGCUGAAAACGAUCCGACAGACGCGGACGUCCUACCUCGGGCUCAAGUGGAAGCUGUCCCGCACCGUGGGCGGCAAUCGCGACUGCUGCUACAUGGAGUACGUCGGCGUGUCCGAGGACGCCAAGGGCCAGCACUUUGGCUACCACGUGCUCGAGUCCGUGCCCGUGUACAACUGCCCGCACUUCGAAGACAACUCGAUCGUGCGCGCGAACGUGUCGUUCUGCUUUAUCUUCCGACCCGGCAAACUCGCCGACCAGGUCGAGGUGUUCAUGCAGGGCGCGUACGACUCUUCGUCCGACGUGCUCACAGCCGGCGGCGUGGGCGACUUCCGCAGCACAAUGGACAUGCUCUUCAACCUCCCGUCGACAAUGGUCGGCGCCGAGGCGAAGAAGAUCUCGGCCAUGGUGGCCAAGCAGUCGAGCGCCCUCCUGAGCGCGAGCUCGACGCGCCAGAGCAGCCACCACUGCUUCAUCUGCCGCGCCAGGUGGGGGCUGCUGUCUUCGCACUCGAACUGCCAGACGUGCGGCGCCGUCAUCUGCAGCAAGUGCCGCAUCCGCGUGGUCACGUUCUCUCGGCGGGGGAAGAUCAAGGUCGCGUGCUGCAAGAUGUGCAUGGUCAUGGUCCGCGACCAGUCGCCGUUCGCCGGCGAGGAGCUCGAGCAGCAGCCCGCGAGGCCCAAGCAGCCGGUGGCGGGAGAAACCCGUCUGAGCCUCAGCAGCAACUGCAACAGCGUCAGCGCGAAACAACCCGAUCCGACCAACGCCUCGGUCUCCACCAUGUCGCUCACGGACUCGGAGUACUCGGCGUCGUACCAGUCGUGGCACUCCAGUUCCAUGUCAUCGAUGCCGUCGGAUCGCGGCGACAGCUUUGACGGCUCGAGCAGCACCUUCAGCUCGUCGGUGCUCUCGGUGGACCGAAAGAUGCCCGCGGUGCUGGAGCGCCCGCCGCCACCACGUGCCCCAGUGACGUACCAGUCGGAGCAACAGCGCCAAUACGAACAGCAGCAGCUCCAGAUGCAGCAAUUUCUGAUGCGGCAGCGCAUGAAGCAGAACGUUCACAUUGCGGGCGCGCCACCGAUACCGAGUCAGCGCCCACAGCCCACGACUCGGGAGGGGCUGUACAACAAAAUGCUCGAGCUGCGCGUGCAAGCGGAGCGAGCCUACGACCUGACGAACCAGAACGCCAGCAUGAUCAACUCGCAGCGAUAG